GCAGCCGAGGCUCUGGGGCCUGUCGGGCGGUCGGGUGGCGGCGGGCCCCGCCUCCUCGGCCCGUUGGUGCCGUCGCGUCCAGUCCCUCGGGCGCCGCCGGCCGGGUGUCUGUGACUCGGCUGUAGGCGGGGGACGUGGGCUUGCCGAGCUCCUGACCCGCCUGCUCUCUGCAGCCCGUCGCGGGGCCGGCCGUACCUCCGGCCCCAGGAUGCAGAAUGUGAUUAACACCGUGAAGGGAAAGGCGCUGGAAGUAGCUGAGUACCUGACCCCGGUCCUCAAGGAAUCAAAGUUUAAGGAAACAGGUGUCAUAACACCGGAAGAGUUUGUUGCAGCUGGAGAUCAUUUAGUCCACCACUGUCCAACAUGGCAAUGGGCUACAGGGGAAGAAUUGAAAGUGAAGGCAUAUCUACCAACAGGCAAACAAUUUUUGGUAACCAAAAAUGUGCCAUGCUACAAACGGUGCAAACAGAUGGAAUAUUCAGAUGAAUUAGAAGCCAUCAUUGAAGAAGAUGAUGGUGAUGGAGGAUGGGUAGAUACGUAUCACAAUACAGGUAUUACAGGAAUAACUGAAGCAGUUAAGGAAAUUACACUGGAAAGCAAGGACAGUAUAAAACUCCAGGAUUGCUCAGCACUCGGUGAAGAGGAAGAAGAGGAAGAUGAAGGGGAAGCUGCAGAUAUGGAAGAAUAUGAAGAGAGUGGAUUAUUGGAAGCAGAUGAGGCUACCCUAGACACAAGGAAACUGGUAGAAGCUUAUAAAGCUAAAGCUGAUGCUGGAGGUGAAGAUGCUAUUUUGCAAACCAGAACUUACGACCUUUAUAUCACUUACGAUAAAUAUUACCAGACACCACGACUAUGGCUGUUUGGCUAUGAUGAGCAACGGCAGCCUUUAACAGUUGAACACAUGUAUGAAGAUAUUAGUCAAGAUCAUGUGAAGAAAACAGUGACGAUUGAAAAUCACCCUCAUCUCCCACCACCUCCUAUGUGUUCAGUUCAUCCAUGCAGGCAUGCGGAGGUGAUGAAGAAAAUUAUUGAGACCGUUGCAGAAGGAGGGGGAGAACUUGGUGUUCAUAUGUAUCUUCUGAUUUUUCUGAAAUUUGUACAAGCUGUCAUUCCAACAAUAGAAUAUGACUACACAAGACAUUUCACCAUGUAAUGAAGAGGACAUAGAAUUCAUCCCAGUUAUUGAUUCUGAUUUUUAAGAAAAUAACCCAUAGAUGUGACCAUUGACCAUAUUCACCAAUAUGUGUAAUUUCUUUAAUAAAGGGACUUAUAUGUUUAUGCAUUAAGCAAAAAAAAAAUGUUCCAGUACCAGCCUUAUUUGUUUAAUAAAAGAAUAUGAAGAGCAAAG